AACUGAAGUUGACAAACGUAUCCCUGUCGGCUGAAACUGUGAGAAAGAGUUUGUUUUUUCGGCGGAGGGGGAGAAGCGGCAGAAGACGAUGCGGCACACGGUGGAGCUUUCAGAGUACGUUGGCGGUUUUCUGUAAAUGAGAGAGAGAGAGGGCUGUAGCGCGGCGUUUUGUUUUGAUUUCCAUGUGAAAUGCAAUUAGUGCUCCGCGGUGCUCGCUGCUAGUUUGGCUCGCGGAGCGGAGCACACUCUCAACUUGUUUCUCGCGCAACAUGGAGCACUACCAGGAGGAUUUGGGACUCCGGGCCAGUACAUUGAUGGAGGACCUUUCCUUGUAUGAUUCCUAUAAAGACGGGAUGUAUAACGCGAGGAGAGACUUGGUGAUAAACCCCGAUUUAGACUUUUCCGAGCACAAAAGUAAGCCAAUGAAUGGUACCUCUGUGCUCCACCAGCAGCAUCACACUGUGGAGAAUUUCACCACGGGGAAUAAAGUGUACACGGCGGCUCCGGUGCGACCUGUGAACUGCACCCGGACCGUGCCUGUGGAUUUCUGCGCCCCUCAAAGAGACGCAGGGUACAGUGAGGAGGGCUGCUGCACCAAAUCCGAGGUGGCUCUGCCCUGCUACACGGGCGCUUCAGAGAGGCACAGGAGGUACUCUCUGGAGGUGCAGGGCCACAGGUACAGCACCGGGUCCACCUUCGACGGCGUGCCUCUCAAUAAACCGGUGCCUCUGCCCGGCAACAGGUGCAACAGCAUCUGCAUCACCAGCAGCCACGACGGGAGAUACAACGCCACAAGCCCCCGGUCCAGCCUAGCGUCGUCCCUGUCCUCGCAGGAGCAGAGCAAGCAUGCCAGCCCGAGGUCCAGCAUCAGCAGCCCGCGUACUAGCCUCGUAGUACCGGGUCAGGACAGGUACACGAGCCCCAGGUCGAGUUUGGUGCACUGCGAGGGCAACAGUGUCCUCAGUCCGAGAUCCAGCUAUGCAAGCACGGCCAGCGACACCAGUAAACACUCCAGCCCGAGGACCAGCCUCAACAGCUGCGACUGCUGCAGCAAACCCAGCAGCAACCGGACCAGCGGCAUCAGCAUGGGCUACGACCAGAGGCACACCAGCCCCAGGUCCAGCACAGCCAGCCAGUACUCCUUUACCACCAGUCCGAGGUCCAGUUACUCGGAUUCAAGGUACGGGCCCGGGGGCAACCACGAUCUAGAUGGGGCGAUUUUACAUCCAGCACCGAGUCCGAGGUCCAGCAUCUGCAGCCAGGAUGGGAGUGCAAGACAGGGUACCACCGCCAACUGCGUGGUCAGUCCCCGAUCCAGCAUCUCUAGUCACAGUUCGAGAAGUUCCCGCAGCUCCAGGGGGUCUAUGAGCACCUACCCGGACCUGCAGCUGCCCUCACCCAGGUCAUCCAUGCUGGGAACAAGUUUGCACGAGGACACCUUGUUGCAGGAGUUUGGAGACUCCAACGGUAUCCAGAACCGCCUCCACCUGCAGGGACUCUCUGCGGUGCCCGAGCCCCAGCAGCAGUCAGCCCUGACGGGAGGACCUGCGGAGAUGACUGGGUCACCCUCAUCGUUAAGCUACGGGAUAUCUCCUAAAACAGCGACCUCAGGGCAGAGGUUCAAGAUACCCUACCAGGUGACCCCAAGCAGGGAGAGUGGGCCGAGCCAGGCGGAGAGACGGCUGGAGGCGCUCACCUUAGAGCUGGAGAAGGAGUUGGAGAUGCACAUGAAAAAGGAAUACUUUGGUAGGUCAUAGUAAUCGCAGGUGUCUUUAACCCUAGAACACUAUCACUAAAAUUACUAACACCAUCACUAUCACCAGGUGAUUUUUACCUGAAAUAAUAUACCCAAGAAAAAGUACUUGUCAUCAAAAUAUAUCAAUAUACAAUACAUGACAAAUUUGAUAAGUUUUCUUUUAUUUUUAACUGUGCAAUGACCAAAGGGAGGGGGAAAAGUCAUUAGGGGACCAUAUAAAAAUGCAACAAAAUAACUAAAAUUAGGCAUUCAUGAACAAAAAAAUCCUUAACAUAUAUAUACUUAUAUAUAUAGAGAGAGAAACUAAACUUAGGCUGUGUCCGAAAUGGAUCCCUAACCCCUUUAUGUAUAGGUGACUACAUGGGGGUUAGCGCCAUUUUGAGGGGUGUCCGAAACCUGAGUGAUCAAUUCCAGUGCCCUAUAGAGGCGACUCAAAAUUUCUCAUAAAGAAAUGCAAAAUGUAGGGACCAUCCGAUGGUCACUCACUGGUGGUGGGCAUCCCUUCAUGCAUUGCAUCUUGUCGUGUAGUGUCUGAAACCUCUGGUGAUUGAGUUCACUACAUAAUCAACUAUAUAGUAAAACCCCCCAUAUGGGGGUUAGGGGUUAGGGAGUGAGUGAUUCAUUUCGGACACAGCCAAUGUCAUGCAAACGUGCAGAAUGAUCCCUAUGCAGAGGUCUGUUUCUGUUUCAUAAAGCCUACUACAGCCCACUGCACACAGUCCUACACUUCCCCUCAUAGUGGGUUAGGGUUUGAUUUUGUGAUCCACCAUACAAAACACUAGUGAGUUUUGGCAGACGUAUCACAUAUAUGGACUAUAUGCAGGUCAGUGAUGCUCUGACUCCAACUUCUUACAGUGGUCUUGCAGAGUAGCUUAUACAGGUAAUAGGGAAAUCCCAGCAGUGAUGAUUUCACUACUAACCAUGCUUGAGGUUGUAGUCUUGUGCAGACCGAGCAGGUUUCCAAUCCAAUAUAGCAACUCAAAAUGAUAAUUGUUUCAGCUUGUGAUAACAAAUUUCCCCAUUUAUUGUUUUAUUUUUGAUCUACCGGAUGUAAAGAGUUCGCCAUGGCAACAGCGUAAUAGUGCAGCAGUACAAAAUGUCUUGUGUAACUUUUGUAAUAUCAGACAAGUACCCACUCAAACUGGAAUUCAAGGAGAGGAGUUUAAGCAGCAUUUGCUGGAGCAGGAAAGGGGGUUAUUUAUUGUCUUGUCACCAUUUCAAGGUCUGUUUGCUAGCAGCCAGUGCAGCGUUUCCACUAACAGGUCCCUCUGUGGCUGAUAACAGUGGCUUUGCAGGGCAAUACUAAUUUCUGUCUUGGCACAGCUAACAUUUGCGCAGCACUGCACCUCGCUGAAUGGAACCUUCUGUUCUGCCAGAGUGGACACCCCUCGGUCAUUCAGAGCAGCGUGGUCUGUAUUUGUUGCAAAUACAUCAUCUGGAGGAGAGAGCUUUUUGGGUUUUUGCCUGGUUUUAAUAAUUGAACAUUCGCUGGGAUCUUUUUGUGUGUGUGUGUGUGUGUGUGUGUGUGUGAUUAGGGACUGUGAGACCAGAUGCAUUUUGUUCGGCAGCCACAGAAACCCUGCCGAGGAAGUCGCUGUCUACUUUUGAAUCGGCAGCCGGGCUAUUGGCUGCAGUCAGAGGACACUGGUUUGUUGAGUAGCCGGUGCACUUGUUCAGAGGCGGAGACAGCUGUUGAUUCGAGAAGGAGGUGAGCUUAAAGAGGAGAGGGAGGGAAGACAGGAGAGAGAAAUGGGAAGGAAUCAUGGGAGGAGGAGGUGUAGAAGAGAUGAUGGAGAACAAGAGUGGAAUUAGGUUGGGAAAGAGAGAAGAAUAAAGUCAGACUCUCCUUUCAAAAACUCCAAUAGACACAGCUCUGUUUCCGUAGCGACAGUGGAGAAAUUGAUCGUCUUUUUUGGGGUGGGUGGGGGCACUCUUUGCCAGUGUCCCACCCUGCCCGGCUCUGCUUGGCCAGCCCUUGUGUGGCCUUCUGUUUGUUGUGGUGGCGAAGGAGCUGUGAAUCAACAGCUGGCCCGAUACAGGCCCGCAAUCCAAGCAGCAGAGGGAGGGAAGGAGGGGAGGCUCACCCCACCCCUUUUCUCCCCCUUCUCCCCUCUUCUCUCCUCUCUUCUCUCAACACCACCACCACCACCACCACCACCCCGCCCUGACUCCCCCGCGAAGCCCUUCAUUAACCAGCCAGUGGGGAGUCGGGCAACACCAGACACUUGGCACACGAUCUUGGCUGGCGGGCCAGACGUAGUUGGUGGGGGUCAAGUCUGAUCACCUGCCCAGAAUUAUAAUGGCAGUAGUCAUGCACAUGCCUGACGCACACACAUGUGCACACACACACACACGCUGGCAUGUUGCAACAGCACUCUGCAGCUACCAUGUGUCUUUCUUUGCAGCCUUCUUUAAGCGCAGUACAGUAUGUACGUUUAUUGCACAAAUUGCAGCUGACACAGGAUAAGCUGUAUAAUUAAAGGAAAGUCUUAAUUUAAGUUGUAAAGCUUCAUUAUCCUCUGAUGUGUCAAACACUCUCAGAUGUCUCACAAGUGAAGACCUCUCUCUUUUAAUAGCGUCUUAUUUCCAGGCUUUGAUGAUAUAAAGGCUAUCCAUUGCCGCUCUUUUCACUGUUCCUCACUGCAGCUUUUGAAGUGAAGAGCUGCAUUUUUCGCUUUUUGCUAGAGUUAAAAGAAGUGGGUUUCAUCUAAUUAAUCGAGAAGCGUAACUCCGUUUUGCAGCUGCUGUCUGAUGGUUUAACAAUAUUCCAAUUUGCAUGGCGAUUCAAGCAUUUAUGAAGAAUCACUUUAUUUGUUAUUUUGUGUUAUUAACUCAUGAAAGCAGCAAAAGUAUAAACCAAAGAGGAAAAGGGCUUUGAUUUCUCUUUUCUCACCAAGGUUUCUCUUCUGUAACUGAACUCCCCUUUUGCUUUUUUCCUGGCCUCUGUGUAGGCACAAUGCAUUGAUCAUGAAUAUUUGAUUUUGUCAAAAAAUGCUCAGAGGAGUUGUUCUCUUCCAUCUGAGUAUCUAUCUUGGCUAUCUGAGUAAUCCUUUCCUUGCUUUACCCAGACUCUUUGACAUGAUGUGGACAUUUCACACAGAACCAGACCUGAUGCUCUUUGUAGUUUCCUCUGAACAGUUACCGAUUUGAUUUCUUCAGCGUCUGAGAGUGGCAUAAUCGGUGGCUUUUAUAGAAAAGCCAUCCCUCCCUGGUAACUUUCCUGGCACUACAUAUUGUAAUGUCUGUUUUUACCAUACGCAAGUGUUAGGAAAUCAAAUCAGUCAACAGAAGCCACAAAAAAUAUCCACAAAGAGUCGAGAAGGUUUAAGGGAUAUUCCGGUGUAAAAUUAAUUUAGGGUCAAACACACAGUAACACCGAGUUAGACACCCCUUUGAGAGAUGAAUGUUGCCAACGGCUUGCUUCUCUGGUUAUACCAACUUUAGUAACGACCGCACGAUAGAAAUAAACAGCAGUCUGUGGAGACAUAAACCAACCUCGACCAAAACGCCACUCUAUAGCCACAAAUAAUGCUCAGAGCAGCACCUAACCUCAUCAACAGUACAUAGAGGGUCCCAGCCACAGCAGUAGCCACCAGCGGGGUGACGCAGCUCAAGGAAGAACAUUUAUGAUAAUUUCUUCAUGGAAAUGCAAUCAGACCGAGACGCUAAGGCAGAAGAACUACCGAGUCUGCAGUGCAAAAUGAUUAAUAUGAUGAUGAUUACUUCAAGGAAAUGAUAAAGUUAUGAUCAUAAAUGUUCUUCCUUGAGCUGCGUCACCCCGCAGCAGUCUGUAAUGGUCUGGCCUGAGGUCUUGCUACAAGUGGCUGCUGGAAGAGAGUAGGUGAGUUGUGUUUGGUCUCUUUGCUAAAGAAAUCAGGCAAAGCUAAAAAGAUAUUUGGUGGCUAGUACUAUGGCUGGGACCCUAUAUGUACUGUUGAUGAAGUUAGGUGCUGUUCUGAGCAUUAUUUGUGGCUAUAGAGCAGCGUUUUGGUUGAGGUUUAUUUUUGGCUCCUCAGACCACUGUGUAUUGCUAUUGUGCUGUUGUCACUAAAGUUGGUAUAACUAGAGAAGCAAGCGGUCGGCAACAUUUAUCUCUCGAGGGGGUGUCUAACUCAGUAUUAUGGUGUGUUUGAGCCUAAAAUUAUUUUACGCCGGAAUAUCCCUUCAAUGUGUUAGUGCCAAAAUAUGUUUUUUUACACUCACCAUCAAAGUCUCUUUUUACUUAUGUUGAUGCAGGUAUUUUUGUCUCUCGUUUCUGAUCAUCAAAAUGGAUCACCACAGUGAGGUUUUUACAGUUCUUGGUGCUGUUAGUCUAUCAUUCUGCAGUGAUUUCUCGGCCACAGCUAUGCUUGUUGGGUAUUGAAGAAGAAGUGUGAGCCUGCUCUGUGUGUGCAGUGAAUCACUCGUGUAAGAAGUGCAGAGACUUGAAAGCACUGAGCAGCAGUUGUUUGCACAAACUAGGUAUCUGAUUUUAUUCCUUCAAACGGUAGAUGCUGAGUUUGUGAGGCAUUUUUCAUGUAGCUUGCUCAUAACUGCGGAGAUUGUUUUAUUUUUACACUGUAAGGAGACAAAGUCAGGCCGAGCGGUCGUUAAAGUUUCAUGAAUCAGCCUGUGCCAUCCUUCCAACAACUUGGAGCACAAAUUCAGUAAUUUUCAGGGAUGAUUAAACAUGAAGUCAAGUGUAUUCUUACUCCUUAGGAAAAAGGAGUAUGAGCCGCAUACAUUCAUGUUUACACGCACACACACACACAUGUCUGUGUUAUAUCAGAAGAUUCUUUGCUUUACCUCCCAUUUUACUUUUAUCUUUCAGGACUUACAGUUCACUUAAAAACGCUCAUACUGUCCUCAUCCCUUGUUUUUAUUUCAUCAUAAGACUCAUCAGUCUGGUGUUAUGAAGCUGUCUCAUAAGCCCACACUGAUCAGUCUUCUGGUGCUGCUGCUGUAGAAAAGCCAAACUGCUUUGUCCAAUGUAGCAGAGACCUAUGUGCAUCCAGUGAUUUUAUUUUUAACCCCAGUGAACGCUCAACAUCCUGUCCUUGUUGCCACAUGGACAUGUUAUGAAAUGGGCACAUGAGGGACUCAGCUUCCUGUUUUAAAAUGAAAAACAAGAGGGUUUGCCGGAGAGAUUUCCCCUCUGUCCUUUUAAAACCAGAACCACAUCCUCACUCAUAAAAUACUUUUAGCAGUAAUGCAUGAAUUAAUCACAAUCAUAUUUAUGAAUUUAGUGUUUUCUUAUGACCAAAAACAGGUGAACAGAUAGAAGUCAAAUCGGAGGAGUCUCGCAAACACUCAGUGUGUGAUUAAUAGGAAUCUGCAGUGCAGCUGGAAAGAGAGGGGGUGAAGAAAUGAAAGUGAAUCAAUGCGGUUCUAUUAAUAAAUCAUCUUUCUUCACUUCAGUCGUCGGGUAAAGCAUCAAAGUCAGACAGUUUGUCAGUCAGUAAUUGCAUGACCAUAGAAUAACUCUGCUGGAAAGAAGCAAAGAUAGAUGAUCUUUCAAAAUACAUCUGCUUGAAAAUCCACUGACUAGAUAUCUGUGUUUUAAAAAUAGGUACAAAGUGACGUGUGUUGAUAACAGUUUAAAACCAAAAAUUAUUUAUACUUUUCUCAAUCCUAUUGAGGGAGAUGUGUGGCAGGAGGGUUGAACCUGAUCAGUCUUUGUAAAUAAAUCUUGAGAUGCUAAAGGUAGCCUUUGUUCACAUCACACACUAUAACAUAAGUCAGGAUUAGUCGUAUGUCUUUAGGACCAUUUGCAGUUAAUUCAUUAAGAUUCAUUUAGAUACUUUAUGCCCAGUCUGUGAAAAUCCCCGAAAAGGUUAAAGCAAAUAACCUACAAAAGAUUUUCAGAUGAUUUAACAGAAGAGAAACAAACACCUCGUGUGAACAUGGGAGGAAAUACCUGCGUUAUAGUCCUGCUCUCUCCUCCUCUGAUAUUUAACUCUGCAUACUUUUAUUCGAUUCCACCCAAUAUUGAAUUGAAAAUUAAGGUUUUUCAAUACUGUAUGAGGAAAAAGAAGUAGACCAUAACAAUGACAGGAAGUAAUCAGUAAAGUAAAAGUUUCACAUAAUCACUGUAGAGUAGAAAAAGGAGCCGAACAAAUUAAGCGACUGCCAAAUCCCAAAGUAAUAGACUUUAAACAAGUAGGAAGAGAUUUUUAAUUGGUCUUCAUGUUUUGUGUCGGAAGAAGUGCAGAGCUCCUUCACUAUAAAAUGUAAUAGUUUAAAAGUUUAAACCACAAAAGCCAAAAUUAAAACUGAAGAGCUUCAUAAAAAGAAUCAUUUCAUUAACUGUAGCUAAAUACUGUCUGGAUAAAUUCAGCAUGAUUAAUUAAUAUACUGGGAGGUUGUAUUCAGUUUAUGAAGGGUUUUCUGCAGCCUUGGUGUCACUGAGUCUAUAAUAAAGAGUGUCCUGACUGCGUGUUUCCACAGGCUGCAGUGGUAAGUGAGAAAGGUGGCAGACACUGUUGCUGAACCCGACACUGUCUGUGUUUUUCAUGAAGAGUAAGGUCAGGUGCCUCCUGGUUGAGUUGCCAGAUGCGGUCGCUGUAUCUGAUGAAUCUGUGUGUUCAUCAAAAUGACCUUCUUUACUCUUAUUGUUGCUUUAUGAUUUUAUUGAUUCUGUCCUGCUGAGACUUCACUCAGUAAUAAAAGCCGAGCAGCAGCCCCAGGUGUUAAAAAUGAAGCUAGUGCAAGAGAAAAAAAAGGAAAGUUCCUCAAGUCUCUACUUGAGGUUAGCUCUCAAAGCUAAGGAAGCCUUGAACUCUAAAAACACUUGUAACUCUGAUUUGGUUUCUUAGCAGAAGUUUUGGAGGCCAAAUCAUGCUAACUUUUUCAGGCAAGGAGGUGGAACUGAGGUGGACUUGUGGCUUCCAAAUGUUACAAACCUUUGGCCUUUAGCAACUCCAUACAGAUGCACAAUUAAAAACUUAAUCCCCAGUUUUGUUUGUAUGAAGACAUUGAUAAACAACACGUCAAAACAGGUGUGAUGAUCUGAUGUGUGAUUGUGUGAUUUAGCUGGAAAAUGUGAAUUUUAACAUAGAACUCCUUUGCUGUCAGUGUUGUGUUAACACUAGACGCAAAUGAAGGUAUCAACUUACUUAAUUGUGUGUAACCAAGCGCCCAAAUAUUGAGUGUUUACUGGCUUAAUUUGGAAUAACUUGCUCCAGUUGCAUCCCUUAUCAGGUCCGCACAAGUACGCAUACACCUAAAUUUAUGCAGCAAGGGGGUGUUAACGCAGUGUCGGUCUAUUUACAUCAAACAUGGUUGAGGUUGACUACAUUGCGUAAAUUUGUCGUGUUUCACAACUUUCCAAUGAAUCUGACUUCCUCAUUCACUCACUCACUCACUUUCCUCCAAGCCAGCUCAGUCUUAUUCCAACUUCUAUUAAAAAAAGAAGACUUCUCAUUAAGCUCAGUGCAGCUGCACACCCUCACAGACAGUUUGUCCUUCAUUUUUGCUGUUUUUUUGUUGACAUGCGUCACCAGUAGAUCUCCAUGCUGAUUGGCUGUCAUGGUGCAAGUGAGACUCGAGGUCUGAUUUUUCAACUGUGGCAAAUAAGUGAAUGAAGCAAUAAGCUCGUUGAACACUAUUGCAUCGUUCACAUCACCCGACAAGAACAUGAAAUUUUAUGCCAGUGUCCAGAAGAGCUGGAAUGGCGUCUGCCACCUUUGUCGAAAAUGUGAGUGAAAUUAGAAGUUAAGGGGAUACAAAAAUGUACUUUAAAUCCAAUCACUUAUUUCAUUCAAAUGGCUGAAGUUUAAAAGAGGGAUGUGUAACCUUUGUGUUGUUUUAAGUAUCUGCGUCCUUUAUCUGCGUCUGCUUAUGUCACACGCUGCUCUGGAGCUGAUACAAAAGGGAAAUAACCGCUUCAGAAAGCCAGGGAAUUCCACCGUUACGUCACAGAAAGCGUGUCCUCGCUCUGAAUCCCUCCUCAGAUAUUGUUUCAAAGAUAAGCCAUCAUUUAUCUUGGGGGAGGAGAAGAGGGGUUAUGAGCUGCUCCCUGUUGGGAUCUUGUGAGAUCUUGUGUCCUGUAGGCACUGUGACCCUGGACUCACCCCACCCAGGCUUUGACCCUGCUCUCCCUGAGGAAUGUGACCCCGGUGGAGGUCGUCUUGUGCGCGAGAGUUUGGAGAUUGUUGGUUUGCUGCUGCUGCUGUGUCCGAGUACUUUUAAGCCACAGUUUCCCUCCUGUCUCAUUUGUGCACUAAAGGUCACACCAGCCUUUAUGUCAGGUUUGUUCAGGCUUUUGUGGAAGUAAAGGCCAUAGUCCUGUACCUGCUGAUGGCUGGGCUUUACCCCCCUGAGUUACUCAAUCCAGAACAGACAUUUAGACAAAUUAUUACAGUUAGGUGUGAGUUAAAAAAUCUUCACCCUUAUCACCUUUCAUUUGGCUGUCAGUUAGACUAAUCCAGACAAAGACUGUCAGCUGUAACUGAAAUGACACUUGGCUGAAGCAGAGCAACUCACAGAUAGUUAAAAGUCAGAGUGAUGUGGAAGUCUUGAAAGACUUGUCCAAAACCAACGCCAAGUGGGACUAACUGUUGUCUUAGCUGUAACAUAUUUCAUUACAACGCUUUUAUUAUGAUAUGAAUGAAAUCACUAGCUUCAGAAACCAUAUGAUACAUGUACUCUAAGUAAUGUCACCAACUAGUUUCUGAAGAGAGGAAUCAACCCAAAUAACGUUGGUCACCAUAUUGGGAAUGAUGGCUCAACCUUACUUUCAAUCAACCUGAGCAGGCAAAGAGGAGGAGUUAACGAUGCACACCUGUCCUUCAACUCAGCUAUGAAUAAAUGAGCUGCAUACCGGAACACAUUAACCUUAGCUGUAGGAAUAGGCACUUUAACAUGGGACCUAGUGGAGUCGCUUGUCUUUUAUGGCCAGCCUCAAGUGGACACUUGAAGGACUGCAGGUUUUUUGCGCUUCUGUAUUGUCUACAGACAAUCGGCUGCUGGAAGAGAGUAGGUGAGUUGUGUUUAGUCUCUUUGCUAAAGAAAUCAGGCAAAGCUGAAAAGAUGUUUGGUGGCUAGUACUAUGGCUGGUACCCUAUAUGUACUGUUGAUGAAGUUAGGUGCUGUUCUGAGCAUUAUUUGUAGCUAUAGAGUGGCUUUUCGGUUGAGGUUUGCACAUGGCUCUGUAGACCGCUGUGUAUUGCUAUUGUGCGGUCGUUACUAAAGGUGUUAUAACUAGAGAACCAAGCAGUCGGCAACAUUCAUCUCUCGAGGGGGUGUCUAACUAGGUGUGUUUGACCCUAAAUUAAUUCUACACCGGAAUAUCCUUUGAAGUAAAAAUGUAAGGAUGCGACAUUCAGUCGUCUUCACACUCUCUGCUCGAGCACAUGAUGAGUUGUUUUUUUUAUUUUUACAUAAAUGAUCCUGCAUUUUUGUUUUGUUGUUUUUUACACGUCCUCCUCUUGUUGAUUUGAAGGGGGUGGGGCUUGAGUGGAAUGAAGUGAUGUCACUACUUUCUGUGCACCAAUCAUAGUUGGCAACAUUUAAAUUAAAACUCUAAUUACAGUGAUGGGGUUGUUUGUUUAUGUUGGCAGCACUUUCAGUGAACUCUACACAAACGCUCACACAGUCCAGCGAGGCUGAGAUUCUGAACAAAGUUCGUUAAAAAGAAAAAUGAUUCACUUUUUCGUCCUGUACCUUCACAUUUCCUCUUCUGUUUUGAAUGAACAAUUACUUUUAAAGAGGAAUACUUUGGCUCUAACGUGAUAUUUUGAGGGGCACUUUUGCAAUGGUUUGGAGGGCUUUUUGGCUGCUGCUCAAAAAUCUCGUUGUUAGUGGGGACGAUGAUGAGCAGAGAGCGGUUGGACUCAUGACCUCAAUACUUAAAUUCUGUUAAUAGCCCAAGUUUAUUAGAACUGCAGAAACCUGUUUCAUCUCCAUCUGUAAGGCAGCUCUUACAAAUUCUAGUUUUACGAGUUAGGUGUUAAUUUAUCACCAUGAAAACUCUUUUUUUUACUGUUGCUGUAAAAGCGGACUCCUACCAUGAUCAAAGUUUGCAUAAAAGUCGAGUUUCGUGCCUUUUCUUUUUGUCCGUCCCUCCUUCCAUCCCCUUUGCUCUUCCUUCAGCACGCGGAGUUCCUUCUGCCUGAUGUAACGCAUAGAAACCACAUAAGUUUGGUUCAAGUUUCGCACCAGGGAUAGAAAUCAAUUCAGGAAAUAAAACUUGUGAACUUAAAGUCAGAAGUUGAAAACUGCAGUGCCCUCUCUCAUCGUUAUCCUUCAAAUGAAAGCAGAGCUCUGCAGCUGUGAUAGCUCUCUAUUUUUCUUUGUUUGGCACAGUUUGGUUUCCGAGCUUGACGAGUUUGACAGCCCCGAAUUACAUUGUGAUGGUGAUCUUCAAAAGCUGCUGAGAGAACAAGGGAUUAGAUCUGAUGCUGGAAAAACAGCAGUGAUGGAAUUUGAGCAAGUUCAUUUUUUUUGCACAUAUUGUACAACAGAUUUCUUUAAGCAUCAAAGCUGGUCCAGCAGUUGUUUGAUUCUAGCUCAUCCAGUAUCUCACUUGUUUUUAAAACGGUCUGCUGCAGAGGACGAGGUGCAACCCUUACCAAUGUCAAAAUAUUAUGAAGACAAAGUAUGAGGCGGUUUCUAGGAGGUUUUGUUUUGACGCUGUGUGCAAGGUGCUCGUUUCUGACCCUCUUAUUAUGCUCAGACUUGAGGAGCUCGGCUGACUAACUUUGUGUUUUUGACAGGUAUCUGUGUCAAAUGUGGAAAGGGAGUGUACGGAGCCAGCCAGGCAUGCCAGGCCAUGGGGAACCUGUACCACACAAACUGCUUCACCUGCUGCUCCUGUGGUGAGUACAACUGUCAUAUAAACAAUAUUAGAAACUGCUUCAUCAUCUGGUAAAUCUGUGCAUUUAAAGCUCCGUUUUGACGUGAGAAAGCUCUUCUUUAUCGUGUUUCUUGGCCUGAAUGAAGUGACGUUGACUUCCAUUGCACAUUCAUCAACUGGCUAAUGCAGGGCUGAAUAUAGAGCCUGGUCAGAGCUGUAUUGUUCAUGAGCCUUUAAACAUUAAAUCAGUCAUGGCUGUUGUGUGACUAUUUUCUGGCUUCUACAGCACAGGCAGCAGAUUUUAAAUGUCAGAUCUGCUCAUGAUUUGGUAUUUACAGCCUGCUGAACAGAACUCUCUAUUUUGGGCCCAGGCUAGAAAGAGCGAAACAUAUAGAGCUUGUUGAGUUUCUUUAUAAAUCUGAUGCCUGUAAUUCCAGAAAAACACAGAAGCACUCUCUGAAACUGGUCUGGUGGAUGGAUUAGAUUUUGCUCCUCUUUCCCAUCAUUUAUGUGAAGGGUUAUUAUUGGUGUCUUACAGCAAAUAGUGCAGUUGUAACCAGGAAUCUAAACCAGGGGUUUUCAGAGGUUUUGCGUAAGAUUAAUCAAGAUAACAGGAGCCUACAAUAUCCUUCAUCAUUUUCAAUUCAUCAAUUUUAUCAAUUGCAUAUGCAAAUUGUCCUUUAAAGACCCACUCUAAUAAUAAUCAUGUUUUUCUCACAUGUUCAGAUGGCAUUUUUCUGAUGCUACAGGACAUAUCAUGAGUAAAAUAAGUGUGAAAUUGCAUUUCUGAGUAUUUCUGCAUUCAAGUUGCUGUGAAUCUCUGGCAGACCCAAAUGGUAGGCACACACAGUGAGAUUUCAUGCAUCACAAAUCCAAGCUCCGCCCCUGGAGCCCCACUAUGCAGGCCAGGCUUGAAGAAAUAGAGAGGACAAUCAUGGAACAAGCGGAUAGCAGAUUGCAAUACUCAUAAGAAAGCUAAUCAUGAUAUUAACUUUCAUCAAUUCCCCAAAGACAUUAGUGUCGGUGUUACACCGGGAAUGUUAGGCCGCAAGCUAGUGUGAAGGGGAGAAAGAAGAGAAGAGUGUCUCCGCCGAAGAUUUAGAGGCGGAUUGCUAAUGAUUUACUAGAGCUCUGCAGAAGAAGCUCUUAAAAAUGACACAUGUAACGUGAUUUUAGCUAAAAACUUCAUAAUCACAGUUUAAAGACCACUGAGAACACUUAGAGUAGUGAAAAAGAAAUGAUCAGAGUGGGACUUUAAGUGUACACACUGCUCAGUAUGGUAACUUCUGCUAUUUUGUUCUGUAACUGCUCUGUUUGGUUUUCUUUUGACCUGUCUAUUUCUCUUUAUUUACCAUAUUUCAUACUGCUCUCUUUCAGAUUCUGAUUUAGAGUUUUGGUAGAUAUUCAUAGUGGAGUUGAUUUGAGAAUAACACAACAUUAUAUCCAUGCUCAAGGUCUUUUGUUACUUCAGCUUUUAAAUUUGAAAAACAGAGGAAAGAUGUUGCCAUGGAGUCAGUGAGUCACACAGCGGGUCACAUCUUAUCCCUGUUUUUCAGACUAUAUGUUUACACUGCGCUAUAUAAACACAUCUGUAAGUGGCUGAUGACAGUCCUUGUUUACGCUGUUUCCAUUAAUGCAAAGACAGUUUUCCCCAGAGUAUCCUGCUGAUACCAAAGCAAUUUGAUACGUCUUUGGUGAGUUCCUGAGUUGUUUGGCACACUGGAUGAUACUGGAGUUGGAAGUUAAAGAUGUAAAGUCUCAGUCUCAUAGAAACACGAGGAGUCUCUGUGUUGGAGUUGAUUGAGUCGAUUGAGUCGGUGGAAUGGUGCAGUCAGAGGAUCUGCUGCAACAUCCGUCAAUGUUGAUCAGACGGCCGGUUUAUUAUCCUCUGUGAACUAACCAGUUACUGUCAGAGCAGCAGCACGCACCUGUCUGUUUCAAAUUAGAUCCUCUGCAUAUCAGCUGCACCCCUCUGAGGAGAUUUCUGUAAGACUUCGGAGGUGUGGGGGUGUCUGCUGUCGACGUCUUUCUUCAUCUCCAACAAGUAGUUUUGAUGCAGGUUUUGUUCGUCCUGAUAGAUUACUUCAGCCUUGCAACUGUCACUCAUGCUCGUCUUUAUUUUUCAGCUGCUUUUCUUUUUCUCUUUUUCAUUUUUGUUUUUUUUUUUUUACCUCAAGCCGAAAAGAAAAUCUGGCUGCAAAUCUUUAUCUCACUUAGAAAGCUGUGAGCAGUCGAUUUUUUUCUCAGGCCAGGAAAACUACCCAUCAAUGAGCGUAGCAUACCGCAUAUUUAAAACACUCAGAAAGUCAAAAAAAAUGGGUGGUAGAGGAGCGGAGGAGCAGGCUUAUCUGUUCGCUUGUUGGUUUCCGCCGUUAUAAAAAAGUGAAGACUGAAAAUCAAUCAGUUUAAUUCGCAAACAUCUCAAGAUAUUGGAUUCAUCGAAGGAUCUGCAGUUAAUCUCUGAAAACAGAGGGAAUAAUGUGUGCCAGUGUUUCCGCCUCCCCUCCUUUUUUGAUUGAAGUGCUGUUUCAAACCACCUUCAGGCUUCAGCAACUGCUGCUCAGGCUGGAAAUCCAUCAUUUAUAUCAUUGGCUCUCUGUCAGAGGUGGUGUUAUUGCCUGCAUUAAGACUGACUAGAAAAAACAGCUCUCUGCAGCAAAAACAAGCUAAUGACUCCAAACAAAUAAAAGGCUGACUUUAUUUGGUCUUUAAGUACAUAAUUGAAUCUUUUUCUCCGAGCUCGCUGAGGAUGUGUGAAUGUGAGUGUGUGAGUUUUAGACGUCCCUGUCACCCGAGCCUGUCCCUCCUCUCCUCUUUCCCGGGAAACAAGAGGAAGAUGUCUGGAGAGAGCUUUUUAGCCAGGUUGCCUCCAUUCAUAUAUUGUACUCCUCAUGGAUACUGAUCCUCCAGCCCAGCCCCUCCGGCUCUGGAAGAACUGCCUAUAAUUUACAUGUAACCAAAGCUGCAUACUUUCCGAUUUAUUGUGUGUCUGAAGAAAGAGGGGGCCAGAUGAGGAGUGUCCAGUUGCUGAAGUUGCGGGGUUUGGUUUUGGAAAAGUGGCCCCUGACCUGGUUAAGGUUUAAGUGCUGUUUAAACAGUCCUGAUUAAGCUUUAAAGCCAGCCGAGAGGUUAUUAGCUGGCUGUGCUCAGAAAACUGCGUUUGGAAACACACUUUUUUGUUUGAUUUUUUUCUGAAACAGCCCGAUUAUUUUCCUCGGAGAGCUAAAAAUAUUUUCAUUGAAUGACUCUGGUGCUUCUAGGAAGCGUUGAUCAUAUCUCAAAAUAGCUCAGUGUGACUUUAUGGCUGUAAGACAAAAAACACAGACAGCUCCAGUGAGAAUUAUCGUUGCUUUAGUUCGUGGAAUCACAUCCAGGAUUCGUCAUUUUCCGAGCCUAGCGCAGGUUGUUGUUGAUAGCUUCACAGGCCAUCUUGCCUCUCGAGAUGGUUUAUUUGUAACAUAAACUCGGAGUUGUAUCAUUUGACCUCAUGUGAAUGGGAAUGUUUUCUUUUAAGAAGGCCUCUGAGAAGUUUAGUUUCAAAGUGUCUGCACUUGUCAUAACACAAUCCGCUGAUUUAUCAGCAGCUACGACUCUGUGUUCCUGUUUGUUUUUGGGUCUCUUUCAGUUGUUUUUUUUCCUCUCGAGUAGGGUCCUCCUGGAGUCUGGAGCUCCAGAGCGAGGCAGAGUUUGCUGAGACAUUGCUCGCUGGUAGCCUUGGGCUUUGUUUAACCAUGCAUAAUUGAGCCCUCCUCUUGGCUUACUCCCAUGGUUGCACCCUUUUUUCAUGAAAUGGCCAAGAAUGCAAACUACCCCCCUCCACUUCAGCCGGCCUUCCCUGGAGGACCUCGAUCAGACAGUCACAAAGUGUACCAGACCUGCUUAUCAGAGGGGGCAGGCCUGCUGGGAUGGGCGCACAUUAAACACUACAGCUUUUUGUAUUUUCUGUGGGUCAAUAUGAUAAAUUUUCUGCCACUAUUUCAUUGACCUGUCACUCUUAAUACGAAAAACUAUUUUUCUAAGAAGCAGAAACACUGCCUUAGAGUCUACUGUACAUGAUCAUUGUUGUCUGUUUUCAGUACUUUAAAAUAGUUCCAUUCAGCCAAUACUUUUAAGUUAUCAUUACGUGUACAUCUCCCACCUUUUUGGCCGAUAAUCGUAUCAGUGAAAAGUUUUAUAUCUGCUAAUAUCAAUAAUAAACUUUUAAAGCUAGUAUCUAAAGUGCCAAUAUCAUGCCGAUAACAUUGUGUAGCUGUGGGACUGAUCUGGUAGCUCUGUGUUUGAUACCAUGCUGCAUUGAGAGGCGCCCAGAGAGGUUGGAAAGCAAAAGUGUUUCAACACGGCAAACUCAAAACCAGACAGCUUGAUGCGCAAUUGAUGAUUUCUUUGUCGUCUGAUUAUGAUUUGCAUUAUAUGGAGUGUCAUUUAAAUUUAAAUCAAUGCAUCAACGUGAUAAAUGAAUUGUGAUACCCCUCCCCAAUAACAUCUUCUGGAGCAGUAUGCACAAAAAAAAUACUAGGUGAAAUUUACAGCUGAUAUCUGAGUGCUAUUAAACAAAACGCAUGUGUUCCUUGGAAGCUAAACAUGAAAUCCUUUCAUUUUUCCCCAGUGAGAUUUUCCCACAAAAGUGCGCCGGGGUAAACAUUUUUCCAUGUGCCUGCCAGACAGGGUGUUGUCCAAAAUAAGCAUGCCUUCACCGGGUAGAAUAAAAAAAAUAAUAAAACAUGUUGCUUCAGGCUGGAUGAACAGACUGUCAACCGCAAGGCUGAUGACUCAUUGGUGUGUUACAGUAAUCCAAGCGGCCUUUAAAAGUGCUGGCAGGAGAAGAGAGCUCAGGGGCUUGAAUUUCUCAAAAUCAUUCACCGCCACCAGUUGCACCUGCCAGGCAGCGGAAAUCAGAAAGCUGAAAAUUGAGGGACACUUGUUCCUUACAGUCUGUGCAGAUACACACCAAUCACAGCAGCCAUUUAGAAAUGAGUAGAUCGUCAUAACAACAGAGGAAAACUUCAACUGUGAUAGCUAGCACCUUAAGCAAGUUAAUUUAAUUUUUCACAUUGAGAUACUCUGUAUGGUUUGACUAAUAGGAUUGUAGGUUCACUUAAAAAUCAUGUUGUAAAAGCCAGUAGCUUGCCAGAUACUAACAGGCAUUCUUAUUAGUAGGAGGUUAUAAAACCCUGAGCUAACAAGCGUGAAGCAUACCUUAACCUCUCUGACCUUACAGUUGAGUGAGACAUCCUGGAUCAUAAGAGUGACCUCGAUUUGAGCUAUAACUAUUAUUGCCAUUAUAUGUUUAUCAUCUUAUUUCUUCUGACCUGAGGAUUUCAGGCAAACUUUUUCGUCAGUGUAGGCACAAAGCUGGCCGACUUCAUCUGGCACCUCAUCAUGAGACCUCACUCUGAAAUAUCAGCCUGUAUCCAGCAUCAUUGUUGGAUUGAGUCCUCCGCCCCACGAACAUAAUGUGAAGAGGUUUAAUGGUGUUAGGGGGAUUAAGAGAAGGACUUUUGUGUGAUUUGUAUCACAUUCAGAAACAGUAGCAGAGAACUCGAAGCUUAUCUGCUUUCAAAUCCCAAAAGCUCUUCAGCUACCAAAUGAGAAAAUAACAGUGCACCACUGAGGAGAAUAUUAUCUUUUUUUUUUCUGUGGAAGCUUCAGAGAAAAAGCUUUUUCUGUCAAACGCACUUUCAUCUCUCUUCUGUGGCUCUUGCAUCAGCCUUAUGACUGCAAUAUUAAAAGUCCUUUUCUCCCCCUCUUUUGAAGACCUGACAUUGUGCAAUAUGUUAGACUAAAAAGGGGGUAAUAGUUUUGAAAAGAUUAUCCUGCAAAUAUCAUCUGAGUUUGAAGUUGUGUCCUGAGUCUCUUUGAAAUCAGUUUGUAAAGUGAAAAUCUUAAUAAAGGAUGUAAACUGAAUGGAAAUGUCACUUUUGCUGGGGUUACUCAAUAUUUUAAGUACAGGCUAACCAGAACUACCAAGGAGUCCACUAUCAAGAAUUAAUACAGACCUUGGCUUAAAGGCUGAAGUCCUCACAGAUGGCAGCUGGAGUUUAGUUACUGGGGAUAGUCCAAAAGGUAGGACAAAAUCACAAAACAGUCUAAAGUGUAGAUAUAUAUAUAUAUAUGUCAACAUUACUAAAUAGAGGGUCACAUUAUCUGUCACUGAACAAUGCCAAAGUUAGUAUAGCCAAAGUAAGCAGAGCUAGCACCACCAGCUGUUUCUCCCUGCAGGUAGAGGUCCACAUGACUGCACUUCUAAUGCAUUGCUCCAGUUAACCUCACUGGAUCCGGUCUAAUCCAACCUUUUCUUCAUUUUCUCAAUCAACAAACUACCAAACGGUCCCACAUUAUGUCGUUGUCUGUGUUUAUUUACAUCCAGGUAGUAGAGCAUUAAAGCAUUAUGGCAGUCGCUGUAGCCCCAGUUAGUGGUGGGACACUACACUACAGCUUAGAUGCCACACAACACCAAUAAUUUGAGCCUGCAGUGAUAAAAACAUCAGUAACUAGUUGAACUCUAUUGUAACUCUAGAGAGGGUAACAAAGUUCACUGUCCUUUCCCUCAAUAAAGGCAUAAACCCAAAAAUUGAAAUUAAAAAGAGACAACCUGAUGGACACCCUCCAGUCGAGUAGUAUUUAGUAAGAAACCUUUGCUUGGUAAAUCUGAGUCUGUCUUUUCUCUAGGGUUUACACAAACAACAGGUGAUUGGUGAACGUAUAGAGUACACCUCUUAGUAUCUCCAGCCAUGGCACAGCUCUCUGUGAGUUUCAGUGGUAAAGUUGGAGUAAAUCUGUGUGAAAAUAUCUUGUAAUCAGACCCUGAUGGAGUGUGCGUGCGUGCGUGUGUGUGCAUGUGUGUGUUUAUUGUGUACAUUAGUUGGCUCAAGGGAUGUUGCAGCAAUUACUGUCCAAAGAUAGAUCCGUGAUUGUUACAGAUUCAAGUCGAGAACUGCAUUAUUAAUGGUGGAUUACAUGCCUGCUGCUGUACCUGCUGCAGCUGAGUUGUCACAUAAUACUUAAAAUCUUGUUCAGGCUGCAGGCCUGCAGAGGCUCACCAUGGUGCAGUAAAACAAAAAAAAAAAAGCUCACUUUGAAGCUGUUUUUGUGAGCAAAUCACCACACGUCUGUCCUUCUAGCCUGGCCGGAGCUCUGGUCUUCCUGCCAGAGAUGGAGAACAGAGAGUUUCAGUCUGAUGCAUCCCAAAACAGCACCUCUCUCGGUUUACUGUCAGAGGAAACAUGACAAAGCUUUGUUUCUAAAAACAGGAAAUCAAGUUUUGAUUUUAUCAGUCACCAUAUUCGUCAAAAUAGAAAAAGAUGUAAAAAUACUUCAACAUGAAUUUUGCUGUAUUUGGAUGCUCAUAUAAGUACAACGCAUUCUGAUCCAUCAGCAUGAUUUUGUGAAUAUCAGUAUUGGGUGUAGGCUUGUUCACCACUUACUGCACAGGUCCAUCAUGGUAUUGUGCACCUCCCCAAAUGGUUUCAGGGGAAUUAUAAUGUGAGGAAUAUUAAUAACAGUGCAGUGCAAAGUAUAUGUCAGAAGAAGAUUAAUGCGCCUUUCUCAUUCAUAUACAUUUUUUAAAUCCUGCUUGGGUCUGAGAAACACUUGGUAGCAGCUGAUGACCAUCUACAGGUGAAGAAACGACUUUUUCUGUUACACACUCAUCUUACCCUUCUCACUCGUUGGUACAGACUCGUCCCAUGUUGAUAAAUUAAAAACACUCUCCUUAUUGAAUAAAAACAGAUUAUAAUACAGUAUAUUUGUGCACAGAAAGCUUUAAAUGCUAAGUCAGUCAAAUAUUGGAGGCAGGUGGUCUGUAUGUAAACACAAUUAUUGCUGUGGACAUGAGGGGAGUGAGUGGUUCUACACGUGUGCACACACACUUCCAGGCCAACAUGGAUGAAUGACCACCGCCGUACCCCGUCUGAGUGAUCAGAUCCCAAUGCAUCCAAUUUUUCAAGACAGUCCAUGUUUCAUAAAGUUUCAUACUGGCUACCAAAGUGCUGAUUCCAGUAACUUAUAUCAUGACAACAGCAAACAACAACAACAGAGCAGCGCUAGCAGCAAAUGUACCAUGAGUCAGAGGAAGCAAAACGUCAGCGAUUUGGUAAUAUUUACUCAGAGUUAUAGAACAAAAACUUGACCGGUCUGAUGGUUUCGGCUCAAAGAGGAAGUGGUAGUUUUGUCAUACUGGACAAAACUGAGCAAAACUAUUUGAUCAUGAUUUUAUUUUUUAUUCAACUGGAGUCAGAGAGGUAAAUUUUUAAUCAUAUCUCUGAAUCAGAGAUAUGAUUGUAGGUUUAUCAGCUGCAGUCAGCACCCACUGCUCACCAUUUGUUAAGACAAUCAGACAGGGUUAAACAUGUCAUAAUCAAAGAUGUGUUGUUCCAAAUGUUCAGCCAAAAACAUUCAACAGCCUGCCCAGUUCUCUUAAGCCUUUUAGAGGAGGUAAUUAUAGUUAUUAUAUUCCUUAAAAUCGUGUUGUGUCAUGAGCGCAACCGAAAAACUCUGAGAUAAAAAGGAAAAGUCAGAAAGUCCUGACACACAGUCGCAUCAUUCAAACAGUAGGAAGUUGACGGAUACUUCUACAUAAUAACUUCAAAAGUGGAAUUUUAUUAGAGGAAGAAGCUGAAGACUUGGUCAUGCCUUUGAGCUCUUUAGCUGUGGGGUUUAUGUUUUAUGAUUUUUUUGCCCUGAGUUCAGACUUGAGGCUCAUUAUGCUCUUUGUCAGAUUCACAUACAGAUAGAGCCUUCAGGACUCUGUGUUCAUUUGUCUGGAUUUGUGUAAAUCUUAUACAGACCAAACAAUGCAGUACAAUGGUGGGGAAGCCAGUAGAUCAACCAUACACUGUUUUAAACACAAAACACAACACGACACAGAUAGACCCUCAACUGAGACUACGUUAAAAAAACCAUGCACCUUCACUAAGCUAUUUAUUUAAGCUGUAUUACUUUAAUGAAACCUAAAAAUAUAUAUACUUUCUGUAUCUUGGUCCAAAAUGAUGCUAAAAAAAUCUGAAAUAGCUGAAGCAACUUAUUUCCUAGUCGUUUUGACAGAAACAUAAAUGGACUAAUCAACUAGUUAAAGGUUAAAAAGUCAGUCAUAAAAUGGUCAAAAUGGAGGCACAUUUAUUCAACAGUGGGAUAGGGCUGUAAAGUUCUAGUCAACUGGUCGACUUAUUGGUUGAUAUGUGCUGAGUCGACCAAAAUUCUGAUCUAUUUUUUUUACACGUCAACGUACAGUCUAUAAAUGAUUUCAUCAGGAGGAACGUACCAAGAGCUAAUGAGGGUGUUUUCAGAGUACCCCCAUUUCACAGGUAACAACCUGUCUUAGAACACCCCCCUUGUUUUCAUCAUUUUGGAUUCGCUCAAUCCACUGGAGACAGGAAAAUUGAAGAGCGUCCACGAUAAUCAACGUUCGAUGGUUUGCUGAAUAUUAAUAUUUUCGGCUUUUGUGUUUAAUUGCCGCCUUGUGCUGAUGACAGUAUACUUUCACUCGCCAAGCUGCGCUCUCUACAGUUGGAUCACAUAGUCUUCAGGUAGAUAUAGCUAGCAGUGCCAGCUAUCAGCUCUCCUUGCACAAUAACGUUCACAUGCCUGUGCUGCUUAUGUCUUUCUCCAGUCAGUUAAACUUGACACAGUCAACAUAAACUGUAUCUCCAUUGUCUGAAUCAAAAUAUCACCAAAUCAUGCCGCUCCGCAAGAUGACAUCUGUCUACCUGGAAGCAGUGGUGCAUGACAGCAGUAGCCAAAAUAAGCUGUAGCCAUGCUGGUGGUGGAUGACUGUACAAAAACUUAGACAAAACAUAUAUAUAUAACCAGCAUUUCAGGCUCAGGGGAAUAACUAAAUGCAUAAUUUGGAUAACGUUCUGGCAAUUCUGGUGCUGACUUGAAGAGUGAUGAUGUUUAAUCAUGAAGUUAUUAACCUCAACAGUUCUAUGAAUCAGGCGCAGACUUUUAUUAAACCUGCACCCAACCAAGAGGUUUAAAAAUAAGAAACACUCCUCUUUCAGCGCUCUACAGCACUCACUCCUAGGGUGUAAACGGUUUUAUCAGACAGCUGUAGAAAUUUUUUAUUACAUUAGUUAAAAAGAUAGACCAUCUGUUCUUCAGGAUACAACGAGACUUCCUAGAAAGAUUCACCUGACAUUAUGGAUACAAAUCUCUCCAGUGCUCCUCAUUUUCUGGAUGCAGUCCCCUGUGGCUGCCAGUCAAGUUUCCUGCAGGACUCCAGUUCAUGAUGUACAAAUGUCUGAAAACACAUCUGCUGCUUCAUGGUCAGAUUCGAGCUAUUUAAUGCCUUUGCCUCGGUUACAAAUCAGUCCAGCACUCAUUUCCAUGGCAACACCAUCAUUCAAAAUGAGUGCAUUUGCAGAAUGGGCUCUAAUUCCUAAAUAACUCAAAUUACAGGCAGGCACUGUUGAGGGGAGCAAAGGUCAAAGCCCUGAAGCCUCGACUGUAACACUGCGACCGCAGCGCAGGAGGUCAAAAUCAAUCAUCAUUUAUUCAUUGUUAUUGGUAUCAUUUUGUGAUAAUGUUACCGUUUAGAGGAUAUUUAAGGUUAUGGUGGGGGAUUUUAAUGUUCAGCAGCUGUUUAGUGAAAACUGGCAUGUUUUUUUGGCUUGUUAUGGUCCUUGUUUAGACGAAUAAAGCUCUCAUACCAACUAUUUAAAUGGAGGAAAUGCAAUUUUCUGCAUAUGUCAAUCAGUUUUAACUCAAAAAACACUUAAGGUCUGUUUCAAGAGGAGUUAGGGACUUUUAUAUUGUAUCUGUUACCUACAUCAGUGUCAAUUACUAUACAUUUAAAAAGUACAUCACUUAUAUUCAGUGCUACAGAGGUUUUAAAAUUAGAAAUCCACAGGUGGACAGAAACUCAUAAAUGGAGCUUCUGCAGCGCUGCGAGGAAGUUCAGGCUCUCCGUCUGGGGACAAAAGGCCAGAGGAGAGAGAGAAGCAGGCACAGAGUCCCCCCCCCCCUUCCUCCUCAUCCCCCCUCUCCUCUCCUCUCCUCUCCUCGGUGAGGGGAGUGGGCAGAGAGCGGGUGUUAGAGAGGUGUGGGGGGUUGAAUGGGACCAGCUAGUGACCUCAGGCAGAAAGAAUGUCCCCGUUUGCUCAGUCGGCCCGCUCCCCUAGCAGCGCUCCACACAGUCAUCAACGCUGAGGCUUUUGUGUUCACCUUCCAGACCCCAAACUCCAGAGCAGAGGCCACAGACGAGCACACAGCAACACCUCGCAGCCCCCGCUGCUGCUCUGUUCUCUAUAAUCUCACUGUUCCUGCAAGUUUAGCCUCUCCAAAGUCCUGGGUUUGAAGACGGUGUCUCCUAAGAGUUCUUCCUGGAUCCUGCUUUUCUCCUUGCUCCACGCUACCAAAAUGCUAAUUGCUCCUCUGUCUCAAAGUCUUAAAAGUCUCACCUAUUGUGUGGGCAGCAUUCCUGGGCUGCUCCGGCCAUUUAUGUGGGUGUUAAUGUAUUGCCAUCUCCAAGCAUUGUGACACCGUGUUUGUGUGUGAAAUACAGCGAUUGCAUAAAUUUCAGAGUUAAAAAGAAAGGAGGGGUGGAUUUCCCAUGCUGGGACACCCAUAAAAUCAAUGGAGGCUCGGGACGACAAUUAAAUCUGACUAAUCCAGCAGAUUUAUGAGAUCCGUGUGCGUCUUCUGCCAGGCUCGGGUGAAGUCAUCACGCUGCCAGAGAGACAGCGCUGCUGUUAAAUGAAUUUGAAUGGGCGAGCUAUAAGGGGUGCAUGGCAGGGGGCUGCAGAAGCCAGCCCGCAGCAGAAUUUCUUUUUAAGAUUGGAUUCAGACUUGGAUUCUGAUGAAUGAGGACUCACCCAGAGGAAUUCAGACUCUCACUUUGAGCUGGAAGCUCAGUGCGCUGAACCUAGGCCUGCUGCAGUUUGACCAUGUCGCUGUGGAUCUGCUCUCAGAGUGCAAAGAUGCAAAUAUCAGUUACUUUCAAUUUGAUGUAAAAAGUGUCAAAAUGAAAACCACCAAAAUGACACUUCAAAGUUCAUCAUUGGUACAAGCAACCGUUCAAUCUCUGAGCGAUUUUCUGUUUAGGAUGCAGGACCAUCAUGAAAGUUAACCGGACAACCAAACGGACUAAUUAUAAAAUGUUUUUCCAGCAUCAGUGAUGAGGGAGCACCGCUGGUGUUCAACUGUGUGUCAGACUCAGAGGCAUCCUCCCUCUUGUCUGCUAUUGUUGGUGUGUCUGUGCACGCUGCACAAAGGCAGGGAAGGAAAGAGGAGUGAUUUUGGGGGGGAGGUUUGGAAAGAAAGCAGCAGCCUGCUGUAUUGAUUGUUUAUGGGUUGUGAAUGGAAUCUUGUCAGGAUCAAUGGUUGAAGUAAUUAAACGGAGGCACAGGCAGGAUGUCGCCUACGUUCAGCCAGCCAUCUGCUCGGCGCUGACCUGCUGCUGUGGCUGUUCAAAACAGAGAUUUUUCAAGAGCACACAGUUAUUUCUGUCUUGUGUUUUUUAGGCUACGGUAAAUCCUUUUACAAUGUUUCCUCUUGCAGUUUGUUUGACUGUUUUAGAACAGUGCUGUGGGGACGGCUACUGACGAGAAAAUAAGGUUUUUACUUGCCCUCACGAAGUCAUUAGUGGACUUGUCAGAUGGAGAAGUCAUGUCGUAACACAGAUAUUUGUGAGGAAUUUGACUAGACAGCACAUACCUACCUAAAGAUGUACAAACAUUAGGGAUGGGCGAUAUGGGCUAAAAGAUUUAUCAUAAGUUUUGCUGUUCUGGUGAUAACGAUAAAAGUGCUGACAAAAAAAUAUUUUUUAAUUCCAAUCCAUGUUUUUGACUCAUUUUGUCUUGAGAACACCAGUUGGAGUAGUCAAAUAAGAUACUUAACCACAAGUUUGAGUGGUAGGUUAUGGAGAAAACUAAUGACAUGAAAAGUCUGAAAUGUGAAAAAACUUACAACUUUUAUUGAAAACUCUUAUUGCACAGAGUGAACAGCAGUAGAUCCGCUGUCUGAUGUCAGGCAUAUUUGAUUGCACUCGUCUAAAGGUCCUCACACACCAGGGCCGAGGCAAAUUUUGACGCGCCUGACUAUACACAUCAAGCCUGAUGCGAUUUUGCGACUUUCCGGGGGGGAAAAAGACACAUCCCAGGGAAAACUUUUCCCGGGGAAAGUCCCGCCUCCUUCGCCUCUGAUUGGCUAGAAAAAGCUGGAAAUGUCAUCACACACUCAAGCCAAACGGUCAGCACUUAUAGCCAAUCAAAGGCGAUAAGAUAAGCACAUGAAACUAUGGUAACAACCGUUUGCAUACAUUAGCACAGAUGAAACAAAGAUGUUUAGCAAACUGUUAAAGCAUACAAACCAUCGUCAUACGAGAGAUCCGACGCUAUGACUCUCCACAAGUUGUCCUUCAAGUCGUUAUCUUUGUAAUGUUUGUGUCUUUUGUCAAAAAGCACUCUGUUUUCCGACACGUAAACAAUUAGCCGGUCGGCCAUGUUGGAUAUGCCGGUGAAUCAGACGUCGCAAUGGCACGCAAUCUGAUUGGUCAGAAGUGGGCACACAGUAUCUGAAACUUAAGAAAAAUCAACCAUGAUCUGAAAAAAUAAAUGCCGCAAUAUCGCAGGACAGGAAAACGCUGCUGAUGUGAACGCUUGUAUUGACGGGAUACGGGUUCGAAAAAAAAUAUUGAUGUCCAAAACAAUCGUACGACAAAAACGGUCCCGGUGUGAAAGGACCUUUAGCUCCAAUCUUGAAGGAAAUCCCUUGUUAAGCAACGAGUUGUUCAGAGAUGUUUUCUCUACCACCUUGGGCCGUAUUUUUUUGUCAUUCUGCUCUGUGUGAGCUACAGCUACAAGUCCGUUGCUUGUGCUUACACUAUCAACUUGCAUUUAUCGCAUUUAUCAUGAGAUGAAAAACAAUUAUCGUGGAGGAUUUUUCUGAUUAUAAAUUGUAAACAAUAAUUUAUCGCCCACCCCUAACAAACAUGGAUGAAGAAUACAUAGAGCUUCAUUAAGAGAGACUUUUAGUUACACGCAGCUCAAAAUCAAGACACAACCAAUCCACACAUUAGAGGUUUUUAAACAUGCUAAAGUGUCAGUUUUCUCCUUUAACUCGCUCGUGUAUCAAGUCAGGAGACAGCUUUGUGCACUCAACACUUUGGAUCCAUAAAGUCAACAGUGAAGUUAAUGUGCAUGUCUCACAGAAAUGUUUCUCUCCUGAGGCUUUGUGUUGUAGCAGCAUACCUCAGCUGCUGGGGAAAAAAACUGCUGACUAGCAAGCUCAGGAGAAUAUGUUACUCACUUUAGGACUGGUCAGGUUAUGUGCAUUAUAAGUCAUUCAUACUGCUGUAGUGGCUUUAGAUUUCCUGAAGGGAAUGAAGCCGUCAAAGUUUAUGAAGCUUUUGAAAAAUUAUUCGCUAGUUAGCUUAAACCAGGGCCUAAGAGGAAGAGGGUGGUUUAUUUUCUGAGUUUAUUUAAAGUUUGUAUUUUUUUUUUUAUGUCGUAAGUGAAAUUUCUUUUUAAAAAGUGACUCAGCUAAGGGAUGCAAAUUCAAAGUAUUCUCCUCUAUCAGUCUUUGGAUACUUCAACAAUCAGUUAUUGAUCAGUCAUCUAACAAGAACGUCUAUUUUCCACAACACCACAGUGGAUAUGACUGACAGUAUUGCAGAACUACAGAGCUUGUAGAGCUGUACAAAUUGUUCAACGCGCCGGACAUCAACAUGCUCAUAAAAAUAAUCCCUGCAGACAUCAAGUCAUAAAUGGCAAGUCCCAAAUGACUAAAUGUGGAAGCGCUGCAAGAGGAGAACUGAUCAGAAAAAUCUCUCAGGGUCAGAAGGUCCAGUUUUCUGCUUAAUGAUCUUAUAAGGGGAAAAAAAAGCAUGCUCACACAGUUGGGUGUCAGUCAGGAGGAGCACAACUGGUUCCAGAGGCAGAAAACACGCUCAGACAGCACUGAUGUUGCUAGUAUGCAGAGAUACUGACGCUCCAGCUUUGAAAUCUCUCAUGUAUAAAACUGCGUGUCCUGUAAAACCUUCUCCACCUUUGUGUCGGUGUUGUACGAGGAGGCUACCAUAUGUUACUCCACCUAAAAAGAGAGUUUGUAGAAACUUUGCAUAAAGCUGCAGUCCUUGGGGUGAGAUUCUCUGCUGGGUGCAUCAUGUUUAUAAUCAGUUGUUGUUGUUCAUUGAAACAUGUUUAAAUCUAAAACAACACCCUGAAGGUCCUUUCACACCGGGAUCAUUUUUAUCGUGCCAUUAUUUCGGACAACAAUUUUCGCAAAGUUUCGUAUACUGUGUGUCCACUUCUGACCAAUCAGAUUGCGUGUUGUUGCGACGUCUGAUUCACCGGUAUAUCCAACAUGGCCGACCGGCUGAUUGUUUACAUGUUGAAGAACAGAGUACUUUUUGAUAAAAAAAAAAAAAAACAUUACAAAGAUAACGACCUGAAGGAUAGUUUGUUUGCUUUAACAGUUUGCUAAACGUCUUUGUUUUAACUUUCAUCUGUGCUAAGUGACUUUAGCUCAUAAGCUAACCUGUUCAGAUACAACAUACCAUAUGUAUUUUCACUGUCUCAAACUCAAUCACGUUGCUGUCACAGCACCAUUAGGUCUCGGUUGUUACCUUACGUUUAUGGAUUAUAGUUUAAUGUGCUUAUCUGGUACUGGCCCCGACUCAGUACAUGCUAUCAUGACAGACAGACAUCUCAACACUAGUGUCUAAUCAAAGCAGUCAGUCUGGUGUUGUGUCAGUCUUCUAGCUUCCACCCGGGACACGUCUUUUUUCUCCCCAGAAAGUGAAUAGUUAAAAAUCACUGAUUGCAGAUAUUUUAGCCCAAUUUGUUCGUCUCCCCUCCACGUACACGUAGUUAAUCGUGGCAAUAAUGAUAUACAUAUUACUUUAAGAGCUGCUUUUGAAAUGAGCCAAGUUUGGUGGUGAGCGGUAAACCAUCUGGUCUGUACAUUCAGUUGUAUAAACCCAUUCUUAACCAUGUUGGAUUGUUAUUGCCAUCCAGCUUCAGUUUUGCUUCAAAUAAAACAUUUUUCACUACCGUUGAGACUUGGUCUAAAGAUUUGCAAAAAUACACCUCACAUGCUGUCAGCAGGAGUGUAUUACGUGACUAACUCUUUCAAUAACUCUUCCUCACAUGAAUAUUAAAGUGUGUUGUCUUUCUCCUCAGGGCGAAGGCUGCGAGGGAAAGCGUUCUACAAUGUAAACGGGAAGGUCUACUGCGAGGAGGACUUUCUGGUAAGUCACCUGCUGGUUCAUGAUUAUUGAUUUUAUCCUGUCAUGAGGGGAUCCGCUGGUAGCAUCAUAUCACUGCGGCGAGGUUGUGUAACAGAGGAACGGGUGGAGCAGAGAGCAGAGGAUUAAGAUCUCAGGCUGCAUACUGCAACCCUCCAGAGGAAAGAGAGAUGGCAGCUACAAUUAGUCGUUAGGCACCACCCCGCCAAUUCACACUCAUUUCCCCCCUGAAAUUUCCCCGAGGAGCUCAAUUAGCCCACGAGCUGCUUCCAAACACUUACAAUUAAGAGUGGGAGGAGGACAGCUGUGGCUCUCAGGCUCCUGGUCCAUCUGCUUCAGGUUACCAGGGCAGACCCAGGCCCCCGAUCACAUGGUGCUUACUUUACAGUGGAUGAACUCCACAAGAUGCUUGUUUUGCAAACAAGUGUAUGACAUCCCUCACCGGUGACUGUGUGUGUGCAGAGGCUGCAUGUGUUGCUGUCAUUAGGACAAAAAUGUGAGAGAAGUGUUACAAAACAUGGAGGAAGGAGCUUACAGAAGCUUCCUGAAACAACCUGACAACACAUGUUUUUGUACUUCCUGUUUAUCAGCAGCUUCCCGUCACUGGGGAACCUGUUGAUCAGUUAGGAAAUACUGUAAUUCCUCUUUUUUUACUGCACAAUCAUAUGAUACUGUAGGUCAGGUCAGAGGAUGAGACUAAUCCCCCCCACAGAAGUCGUGCAGCCAAGAUUUGACCAGUCUGGCUCGUCACCCCAGGGGUGUGUCAGGGUGGCAGAUGGUUGAUCUUGAGUGGAGAUGUCAGGGCAGGGGGCAGCCCGCUCAUCACCAAACUCCCACCUCCACCUGGUAGCCAUGUCUCCAGUGGAAGCCCCCCUGAGUCAUCAGGUCACAACCCUGAGGGGGGCUGCGGGCUGCAGAUGGUCACCUUCAUUAUCUGCCUGUGCUCUUUGUUCACAAAGAGCGGGAGUGGGGGUGUAUAAGGAUGUGAUGCUGACACACUUCACACCCAGUCAGUCCAGUGGAGAUGCUCACCGAGCUUUUAAAGUGUAAACAUGUCGGAGGGUUUUUCAUGAAAACAGCUAAAAGCCUCCAGAGUUAACCUGAGAGGACUCGGGUCAAGAUGUUUCACCUCUCAUCUAAAAGGCCUUUCAGAUCAAGUAGAAGGUUUUUGGUUCAGAUGCAAAACGGUUUCAAGAAAGAUGUCAUCCUCUCCAGGUGCCUUUUGAAUUCAACUCUGAAUUACAGGGUGAACAAGAACUUUCACACACAGAGGAUGAAAUUAUCAUUAGGUGAAGAAGCAGAGGUCUCCACACCCUGAUGGGUCUGUCAGCUGAGGGACAACAUAAACUCCUUGAACGUUAAAGAGCUCAACAGCACCCCCUAUAGAUGAGUCAAGGACUGAAACAAAGUCGUGCAUCAGGUGUACAGCAGCACAUGUUGUAGUUCUUGAAAAUGCAUUAAAUACUGAGAAUAAUAAUCUAAAGUCUGGUGUCUCCCACAGUACUCUGGUUUCCAGCAGACAGCUGAGAAGUGCUUUGUGUGCGGUCACCUCAUCAUGGAGAUGGUAAGAGUCUCACCAAACGGAGCAUCACACGAACACACAUAUGAGAAGAGGACAUAUUGUGUUUGAUUUGUAAAAGUUCAAGUGCAGAAGUUGUGAUACUGAAGUGCCAUAUUGUGAUCAUUUUAGUUUAAUGUGAGGAAAAUGUAAUUAUGAUUUUAUCUCUGAAUGCUGUUGUUGCGCUUAUUUGUUUUGCUGGCAGUGCUUUGGUGCCAAAAUAAACUCAACCUUAUCUUAACCUACAUCACAUAUUCAUCUUCAGGCGCUUUUUCGCAUUCUGAAAAACAUUUGCAUCGUAUUUAGAUGAAGUAUUUAGAGCCCCUGUGAGGAGUUCUUUUGAGGGGCGAUGAAACAGGCUGAUAUCAGCAGUAAUGUCUCGUCCUGACCCAAAACUAAGACCAUCCACAACAAGACUGACAGCUUUUGUGUAGUUUUUAAUGUCUGACUGGUAAGAGUCAGACCCGAGGACUGACAAUAAGCUGAAGGAAAAGUGAAGUUACAUGUUUGACUGUUAAAAGAUGUGCAAGCAUGGUAGGAGCAUCACUUUGUCCUCAGAGGGCACCAAAAUAAACACAAUAGAAGUUGUUAAAAAUGGUUAAAUUAGUGAAGUUUAAGGGGCGCUCAGAUAGCUGGCACACCUCAUGCAUAGGGUCCACGGUCCCCAUAGUGGUCGUUGGUUCAAGUCCAGCCCUGACCAUGUGUUGCAUGUCAUCCCCCAUCUCUCUCUAUCUCGCCACAUUUCGCCCUAUCUGAUCAGUAAAAGGCAAAAAUCGCCCUAAAAAUACUGAAUAUAAGGUUAGUUAAGUUGAAGUCUCUAUAGCUUCACUGUAACAGAGAUUUCAAGAACCAACACAGUACGUCAACUUUACUAUCCAUCUGAUUCAGUGUAUUGAUAUUUUCCUACAUUUCUUUUACUCAGUACAAGAACUACUUAAAACAACAACACUGCAGCAGCUGAGGCCUUACAUCACACCCACUUCACUCAAUAUAUGUAUUCAGUCUAUACUCCAAGACCCUCCAGAUGGAUGCAUGUUGUGUAUUUCUGCAUGAACUCUGUGGCUUCACUCCAAAGUCUUACUAUUACCUUUUGUGUAUUCUUCUCCGUGUGUGUAUGUGUGUGUGUUCUUCUUCUUUGUGUGGUGUUUCUUCUGCCUCUGUGUGUUCCUUUUGUGCGUGUGUACGUGUGUGUGUGGGUGUCCAGAUCCUGCAGGCACUGGGCAAGUCCUACCAUCCUGGCUGUUUCCGCUGUGUGGUGUGUAAAGAGGGUCUAGAUGGAGUGCCUUUUACUGUGGACGUGGAGAACAACAUCUACUGUGUCAAAGACUACCACACGUAAGGACAUCGCUCUGCUGUGCACUUUAGUAACACAAGAAAACACCUCCGAUUUGCAAAAUAGGAAAUGCUCUAUAUAUAGUCACUGCUCUUCUCAAGCAAUUGAUGAUAGCUCUCUGAAGAAUUAUUUUUGUGGCAUCUCCCCGGAAAUAAAGUUUGAAAUGAAGUCAUUAGAGACGAUAAACUUCUCCAGUGUGAAUCAUUUGUUGUCUCUUCCUUGACAGGGUUUUUGCUCCUAAGUGUGCCUCCUGUAACCAGCCCAUCCUCCCAGCCCAGGUAAGAAGAACAUAAUGUUUAACUUGUCUGUUUGCCUUUUUUCCUCUCUAAGAAACAUUUCCUGAUAAGAAUCUACUCCUCCAAGAAGUAUGAAACUGACUAACAACCAACACUGUCAUUCAUUAAAAUACACACGAUACACUCACUCUCUCUCCCUCAGGACUCAGCUUAGCCAGCUCUGGCCGUACCGCGUCCAAAACAACUCAGGCAAAAAGUAGACUAGAAACCAGAUAUUGUUUUUUUUUUUUGGAUGAGAGCAGGUUGGAAAAGAAAGGGAAGCUGGCAGAUACUGUCGAACUGGCAACAGUGGGAGGAUGGUGUCCAAAAAUUUGAACAUUUUGUUUCAAUCAUGUGAUUUACACUCUGUGUCACAUGAAGAAAUCAUGGGAGGUCUGAAAACACCAAGAGUAUCAUACAGUAUAUAACACUACCUCACUAUCACCCAGUCAUAACCAAAGAUACACAAAGAAUAGUUCACCUCUGUUAUCCACGAGUUAAGGAAUUAAUUUUAUAACUUAUCAACACGUGUUUUAUUUUGCUUUGUUGCCAUCGGGUCAUACGAUUUGCUUGUUGUCUGUCUUCCAGCCUCUUAAAUGUGCGGUCCAUGUAUCACAUGCUGAAAUCAAUGUCAAUGUAUAAAAAUAGCAAAGAAAAAACACGUUUCUACUAAUGUGCCUUGUUGCACACUAAAAGAAAAACAAAAAUCUCACAUUAUCUUUUUGAGAAGAGUAAUGGGCUCCCAUGAUUUCCAUUAAGGAAUGUUAGUUUUUGAUUUAUACCACGGGACAGUUUUUCACUGCACCUCAGUCAGGGUUCCUACUCAAGUAUGGAAAAGUAUGGAAGUAAUUUGAUCAAUUUCCAGGUUUUAAAAAGUAUGGUAAGUGAAAAAUAAAGUAUGGAAAAAUAUUUAGGUUUUCAGACUAUUACCACAUUUCCAAAAUAAUUCUAAAAAGUAGGGUAUGGAAAAGUAUGGAAAUUCCAACUGUGUAGGAACCCUGCUCAGUCCAUCUUGAAUGGAUUAACCCACAGAAAAGACACCAGCCUUCCUGGAUUAUGUUUUUUUUACACAGCAUUUGAUUUCCUCUUUGCAUGGUACAGCUUUAACCUGCACUUCUUCAUAGAGUAAAGCACUUUUUUUUAAUUUUGGCCAAUGCAGGGAUUUCUGCUACAGAGGCAUGUCUGUUUGUAAAGCAUUGCCAUCUUUUAAGAUCACAGCUAACCAGUUUAGUUUUUCGGCUUUCAGCAGAGAUUUCUCCAGAUUCUCAAAAUCUUAUUAUUACUUACUAAAGAUGAUGAACUCACCAAUUUUUUGUAAUUUGGUGUAUCUUUCUUUCUGAGAGAUUGAGCCUCUCUGGGAUGCUCUUUUUAUACCCAGUCAUGUUACUAACCAACUGACAGCUAACCUUGGUAUUUGAGAAAUGUUCUUCCAGGUAUCAUUUUAACGUUACAUAAUCUUUUGUGUUUUCUUGUUGUCCCUCUCCCAACAACUCUUAAAGGUUUAACUUCUAUCAAUUUAAAAUGAGCCUAUACUUUGCAUUAGGGCUGGGCGAUAUGGCCUCAAAUCAAUAUCACAAUAUAUUGAGCAGUUCACCUCCAUAAUGAUAAAUGGACGAUAACUGCUUCACUAGCUGCUCAAACCCUCCCACAUUAACUUCAUCUACUUCAGCCACUGCUACAACUUUUGAACUUGCCUCCAUCUCCUCACCUGUCUUUCCCUCUUUGUUACGGACUGGAUGAGAAGGAGUCACAUCUCUGACGGAUGUAGGACAGCAUCUUAAAGGGAUAUGAGACCAUAGCCUACCUACACACAUCCAAAAUCAACUCUUAUUUAUCUAUUUAUUUGACACUGAAUAUACUGACAUGAGCAAAAUGAUAUUGGUCAUUGUUGUAAAUUUUAGUAUCGGGAAAUUUUCGGUUUAAUGCCCAGCCCUACUUCGCAUAAAAUAACAUUUUGCAAUUACAUGACGCGUACAUUGAUUUUAAUAUGAAGGUCUCACUGUGUUAUUGUUUUACCAGGGGUCUGAGGAGACCAUCCGGGUGGUUUCAAUGGACAAAGACUACCAUGUGGAGUGUUACCACUGUGAGGUGAGGCUUACACAAUGUCCUCCUACGCACACACACACACAGACAUACAAAUGAGGUAUCAGUCAGUGAAGUAUACCAUGCAUUUAUCUCACUCUGUCCAUGUUGAAACUUUCAAGUUGUUUUGAACAUAGAAAAUCCCCCACACACACACACACACACAUAUCUCAUAGAGUUGAGCCACACACCUGACUGUGCACACAUACCCACACAUUCACGUGCCCAGACACAAAAUAAGCCUGAAUAACAGCUUCAAAACAGUGGGAUGAGACGAGACCGCUUGUAGCAGCGAGUGUGAAUCACCUCUGCAGUCUCUUGUGGAAUGAAUGAGACACACACACCAAAAAAAAAAAAACACACACUCAGAUAAAUACCACGCCGAGGUUACAGCUGAACAUUGUGACUCAUUGACAAAAGCACAUUCCUGCACCGAGCUCUGAACUCAGCUGGGGACUUGUUGCUUAAACCAGACUUGUGAAAUUGCCGUCAUCCUGCCACUCCGCUUCAAAAGAUGUUUGCAGUUCAAGUGUGACAGAAAGGUUUCGGGAAACAAACGAGCGACUCGUGGCAGCCUGCAGUUAGUCAGCCAUUGUUUCCUUUCAAUGUGUUACACUGGAUCCAAAUAUGGAUCAUAACAUUUCUCCUGAGGUUUCACCGGACAGCCAGUAGCCCCCUUCAUUGAUAAAAAUCCGAUCAUUAUGUAAGGGGAGGGUAAUCAUUAGCAGAGUUGUACAUGGAGGAAGGGUAAAGUCUAAAGCUGAAUCAUCCUGGAAAUGGUAAAUUAUUACAAAUUGGUGAAAAAAAAGCACUUUUUUUUUUCUAUGAGUUGCCCUCAGGUUGUUGUUUUUCUUACGUAUUCAAUAAAUGAGAGCGGAUGAUACAGUGAUACACACAAGUGCAAAGUCAUGCAUAAUACAUGAACUUUCAGCUUCUUACACUCUGAAUCAUGAUGUGUGGUUAGUUGUUAAGGGACAGUCAGUUUGUGCAAUCCUCCCAGUUUGCCUGGGGGAGUCUGAUCCUGGUCUGAAGUUCAAGGUCCAGUUUAGCCUGUUUCAACCCUCUAGAAACCUGAAUUGAUAACAGAACUCUGACUGUCUGAUGUCAGGUUUUAUUUUUAUCAUGGUUUAGAUCUUCAAGUAUUUCAAGAAAGUUUUGGUCCAACUUAAAAAAAAGGUUGAAUUUUGUAAUAAUAUUUGUUGUUUCCAGCUUGAUUUGAUCGUGGUUUUACUUGGUGUGACAGAGCAGCUGAAAUUACCAUCUGACUCAUCGAGAUCAAUCCGAGAAAUAGUUCACAGUAGCUAUUUGGCCAUUUACACCAAGCAUGAGUGCUGUAUGCAGAUGAAUAAUGGGAUUGCGGUUGUUCAGUGUUGAUUGUAGUUGUUUUUUUAAGUCUGCAUGGUGUAUAAAGAGCUUCACUACACUGGUAGUAAAGGACACCCAUGAUGAGCCAGAGGCCACGAAUCAAAACAUGAUUCAUCUCACCUCUAAGGUGUUUUAAUCCACAACACAACCUGAAUUUUGAGUUUGAUUUCACACAUACUGAUGUUUGCUUUUUUUUCGUAAUUUUGUGGUUGCAAACUCUAAAGAAGAGACUCUAAACUGUUUGAUGUGGAUUUUUGAUAUUUCAAACCACAUUUUCUGAGGCUUUGAUAGAAAUACACAGAGAAUACCCAAGGCAAGCCCAGUUCAAGGACCACUGAGCCAGCUCCUUUCAUACCCAGAAAUCCUUCAACAUGAGCACCCCACCACCACCAACAAAAACACAUUUCAGCCACUUGAACUUGAAUCACAGCUUUGCCCUCUGGCUCAACCGCACCUACAACUCCAAGUAGGGGUGUCCUGAUACAACUUUUUGACUUCCAAUACGAUACCGAUAUUGUAGCCUUCAAUAUUGACUGAUACUGAUCUUGAUCUUGACACAAAAUUGUGUAUGACAAGUUUUUCACUCAGCUGCUAUGUCUUUUUUGGACGUUUAACAAAAAAUACUGCCACAAGGCCAACAUCACUCUUACUCCUUGCUACUUUGAUUAGUACACACCGAUGUUGUGAUUUUGUGGGCUUAGCUUGCUGGAUCAGUGCGCUGCUAGAUAGAGGUGCCGGAGUGGAGUCUGGAAUGGACUGCUGAUAUCAGAGAUUUUAGAUGCAGGCCAAUAUAAUUUUUUUGCUGAUAUCGGACUGAUAUCUGAUAUCAAUAUCGUAUCAGGACACCCCUAACUCCAAGUCCAUUAAAACAUUUGGUUGAAAGUAACAAGUCACUCUGUUAGUCCUGCAGCUCACUGACUCACUGACAAGACUAAACCGCUCACUUUCAUUAACUUUACUGUCCCUCACAGAGUAAACUUUGGAGUUCAGCAGAGUUUGUUGUACAGUUUGUUUUAGCAUUCAGACCAGACAUGGAGUGAAACAGCUAGCUUUGCUUUGUCUAAAUAUAACAAAGAAUAAUAAAUAUCUAAUUCAUUAUCCAUCAAAGUAGGUAAAUGAAUGGUAAUUCACAAUUCACUGAGGGUUUAUCUGCUGUCUUCACUCUGGGUCUUUAGUACCAAUUAAACAAACAUCAUUUAUAAGCAACAGAGACAGCGUUCAUUUUAAGUACAUAGAAUAUGAUGAUAAAUGUUUGUGAUCAAACUCUAUUUCAUGACAAAGAUAAAACAAUGACAAGCAAAAACCGAAUCACUGGUAAUAAGAAGUCCAACAGACGCCUGUUCUGUUUACGAGGAGAUAAAACGCCAGUGCGAGACCAUCUGAAAUUCAGAGCCCCUGUUAUUUCCUCUGACUGUGCAUCCAAUUUGUCUGUCAAAGUAUGAGAGCGGGAAAGGCUAAUUGAGGGGUGUUUAUUUGGUCACUUUUUCCUGCAGUACACAUUUUCACUGCGUUCGUGACUCUCUUUCGUAUUAAGUGAGGAUUUUUUUUCACAUCCAGAUACGCGGGUGACAUUAGUUUAACAUCGACGUUUGCCUUUCUCUUACAGUUUUUACCAUCAGCAGUUCAGAGUCAAAGCCUCAGUUUAUCCUAGUUUGGCGACACGGUCAGAUGUCAUAAGUUUUGCAGUUUGGAUCAGCUCUGAAUCAUCACAGCUGAAGGUACAGCUGAGAGGUUUCAUGUCCUCCUUUAACUCUUUGGUGUCGAUCUUCCAGGACUGUGCUCUCCAGCUAAACGACGAAGAGGGACACCGCUGUUACCCACUGGAAGGCCACCUGCUCUGCCACGGCUGCCACAUCCACCGGCUCCAGUCGAAGGUCCCCGGCCACAUGCCCCCCAGCUACCCCCUCCAUGUCACAGAGCUGUGAGGGGGAGAAAGGGGGGCAAGCAACGGAGCCCCGCCUCCCAGGUGAUCUGAGACACCAGCAACAGGAGGGGAAAAGGCCAGAGGAGCCUCCGUGUGGCCAUCCGAGCUGAACUACCAGGCCGUGGACUAACACACACUGUGCAGCUCCCACCACAGGCCCUGCUGUCACAUGACAGGGCUGGGAAAAAAGGGUCCCCCCCCCUCCUCCUCCAUCUGUGGUCCUUUCCUCCCCCCUUUCCCUUGGGGUGCCUAACCCUGAAAGCCAACACGCUGGCUCACCCAGAGGCCCCUGGUGACGUCACAGCGCCUGACCCCUGCACAUUCAUCAAAGCGAGAGGGGUUUUCAGAUCUGAGGAGGGAACUCAAACUCUUUUCUCUCCUCGCUCCUCUCUCUUCCUUUCCUUGUUUUUCAUUCCUGUGCUCUGCCUGAAGCGGUUUAACCGUCUGAGAUCGCUGCUGCUGCUGCUGCUUCUGCUGCUGUCGACGUCAGGAAGGUGGAGGAGCGAGCCCUUACAUCCCAGUGCUGGCCAGACUGGUGUGCACCCCAGGGUGGGCAUGCUGUGCCUUCAGAGUGGGCUCUUUCUCUCUCUCUCGCUCUCUCUCUCUCUUUCUGUGCAGCUUCUAACACUGAAAUGGAGUUCUGCUGGAGGCUAUGCAAAGGACACCCACCAUCAUGACCCAGGGCUGUGAGAGAAACUGUGAACUGCACCACCAGACAUAACAGAUGCACCGUAGCAGCACAGGCCCAGAGGACCGACUGACAUUCCACUUAGAAGUCUUAGACCAGACCUCCUGAGAUUCACAAGCAGUGUCUUAAUAAUGAUUAUAUGAUGACAGAAAAAAGAAGAUUUUAGGUGCACAUAGAUUGUCUUUUAUAUAUGAAUAUAUAUUUUGCAGAUGUUUUCCACAUAAGAUCAUAGAUGUAGAUUUUUUUUGUUUUGUGCUGGCAAUAGAUUCCGAGGUGGAACACGCUGUCUGAAGCUUCUGAACAUUUUGGGUUUGUUGCAUCAUUUCUCCUCCAGGAUGCAGAGCCUCCUUGUGUCUGUCAGCGGGUCCCGGAUCCACAGAUUCUGUGUGGGAGCAGACCUGGCUCAAAAAGCAUUUGUCUUUUAAUUAUGUCUUUCCAUUUUUAGCCUCAAAGGUUUAUGUGUCAGUCUAGUUUUUGGCUGCACAUGUGUCCCCUUUAGAAAUCUAUAUUCUCUCUCUGCAGGCUGGAGACAGAUUUAACACACACACGCACAGCAGACAUGUCUGCUUACCUGAAAUGCACUGUCUUUGGUGCAGAGUGCAAACAUGAGGAAUGGUAGAAUGAUAGAAAGCUGCAGUUUCCAGUAAAGUGUGUGAAACUUACUGUUUAUAUAAGCCAGUGGUUCUCAAGUCCAGUCCUCGAGUCCCCCCUUUCCUGCAUGUUUUGGAUGUUUCCCUGCUGUAUCACACCUGAUUCAAAUGAUCAGCUCGUUAGUAAGCCAUUCCAGAGCUUGAUAACGAGCUGAUCAUUUGAAUCAGGUGUGUUGGAGCAGCCAGAGCUUGAUAACGAGCUGAUCAUAUGAAUCAGGUGUGCUGGAGCAGGGAAACAUCCAAAACAUGCAGGGACUCGAGGACUGAACUUGAGAACCACUGAUAUAAGCUCAGCAUCAUCUUCAGCACUCAUCAAACUUCCAUGUACUGCCUUGAUUUGAACCGUUUUUUUAAACAGCAUGUAAACAUAAAAGUGCAUUCACGAUCCUGUUUGUAAUUCGUCUGAGUUGCACAGUCUGAGCUUCUGUCCAGGGCGCUGUAAGUGUGCCAAGAUGUCACACAGAGCUCAAAGAUUAAGAUUUAAGCUUAAUCUGAAAAUCUGAGAGUUUAGCCAGCGAGAAAUUGGUCUUUAAAUGCUGAGAUUUAGGCCCUUUAGUGGAGCAUUAAAAGACCGGCAUCUGUCAAAGACGUUAAAUGUCACAUUCUGAACACUCUUACAAAGAAAAAUAUCACCCAAACGGAGGUAGUAUUGAGUUCUGAGGUUUAAAUCACCACUGUAGAAACACAGAACCCCUGGUGUAAAAGAUUGAGCUGAAUGAGUCUUUGCCAAAUUUUACAUUUACUGCUUUUUCUCUGAAUUUAACAUCUCGUCAGUCUGGCGCUGGAAGAGAAAUCAAACAAAAAGGAAGAUUGUUUUCAAUCCUUUUUGCCCCAGGUCUGCUCUGGAGUGUUUCCUCUCCUGUGUUUUCCAGACUCUGUUUUUAUUUCUUUGUCAUACGAGCACUGAGAACACAGUGUGUUACCACAGUGUGAACCUCCACUUGUCCACAUGCCUUAAAACACAACAGGUAUGUUUGUGUGUCUCACUCUGUUUUGUCUGCUGUUACAUGUUGUGAGGACAUCCCUGAAAACCUGGAGCUGCUGGUCCCACCCAGGUCUACAAGGGAGUCCUUUUGUGUCCCUGCAAGUGUGUGUGUUCGUGUGUGUGUGUAUAUUCAGUAUGCAAAACAGUGAGUAAACACGACUGAAACACUUGAAACUGUGAGGACUGGGGGCGUGGAGAAGAUAGUCUCAACCAAACCCACUCGUUUGACUUUUUUCUCUGGAUUCACUCCCCAUCCACGAGGAGCUGUGAGACGCAGUUCAAAAUAUCUGAGGGAACUUUUUUUGUUUUUGAGGAGAAAGAAAUCUGCCUUACUCUCACAAUGAACAGGAAUCGUAGCUGCUGCACAGUUAUGCAGAAAACCCCCAACUUCAUGUCCUUAUUUCCUCAAAUAGACAAGCUGUGUAGAUGUCCUGAGUGUGUUUGUGAGUGUGUGUGUGUUUGUUUGUGAGUGUGUACCAGUGGCAGGGCCAUGGCACAUGCACUUCACUGUGUUUGUAGGGCAGCACAGCAUCCAGCAUAACAACCUCUGCUCUCUUUGUUAAAUCUUAAUGAUUUUGAUGUCUGCAUUUUUUUAAAUGAGACCUCUUUUUUUUUCUCCAGAUGUUUGUGUGUGUUUGUGUAAUGCUGCGUUUAAGUUACCUUGGAAAUCGGAUGUCUGAGCCGGGAAUGACGUCGUUAUUUUAGCGCUUGCCUUGUCAUUGCUUAUAUUCGGACAAGGCAAGUUCUAAAAUAGCUUUCAAUCUUCUGACUUGGAAAGUCGCCUCAGAUUUUGAUUUCUUCUGACUUGGAAAGUCAGAAACAAGAUGGCUACAUCUGUGAAAGUUAUUUUAGCACUUGCCUAGAAAGUUCUUCCGAUUUUCCAAGUCUCAAGAAAGCAAAAUCGGAGGCGGAAACAAGAUGGCUACAUCUAGGAAAGUUAUUUUAGCUCUUGCCUUGUCCUUGCUUAUAUUCAGACAAGUGCUAAAAUAACUUUCGUUCUUCCGACAUUUAAAGUCGAAAGAAAGCAAAAUCAGAGGCGGAAACAAGAUGGCUACGUCUAUGAAAUUUCUUUUAGCGCUUGCCUUGUCCUUGCUUAUAUUUAGACAAGGCAAGUGCUAAAAUAACGUUAAUGUAGCCAUCUUGUUUCUGCCUCCGAUUUUGCUUUCUUGCGACUUGGUAACUGGAUCGCUGGUAGCUCGGGUGUGACAUCAUUCCCAGCUUGGACUUCUGAUUUCUUGGGUGACUCAAACGCAGCGUAAUUGUUGGUGUUUGUUUGUUUCAUACCUUAUCGGUGGAGUUAAAGUAAAUGUUACUGAUUCAUCAUUCCCUGAUUGUAGCAAACUUCACCUGUUUGGUACUUCAAAGACAAAACAAGCACUGAUAAUUGCAUGCAAACUCUGGUUCAGCUCUUAUUGGUCAUAUUCUAUUACUGUACACACACAGCUCUGAAUAAUACUACUGAAUGUGUCAAAAACAGAGACUGAAGGCAGGGGUCAGUGCAGGCAGAGGGUCCUUUGUGUGUUUGAAUGUAAUGACAAUUAGUUUGUGUUCCUUCUUCUGGUUGUAAAUUUGUGUAAGCAGAGAAGAAAAGGUCUGUAAAUGUGAGACAUUCCCUUUGUGGUUAAAAAACCCCAUCUUUGUGCAACGGUUCUGGUUAAAUCAUGGACGUCGUACUUGAAGAAAGAGGCUUUUUUUUUUUUUUUUUAACAAAAUCAACCCUGAGGAAAAACUUAUCACCCCUUUGAAAGAUGUCUUAAUACACCUGUUGUCAUUUUUUUUUUAAAGUACUACUUCAGUGUCUAUUGCAUAGCACACAGAUAGUUACCCUGUACAUAAAGAGGCUAGUUUUUUAUUUUAUUUUUCUGUCAAAUAUCACUUGGAAAGGGAAGAUUUCUUCUCCUACUGGUAGUUCCAACAAGCACAUCUCGACACCUGUCACACAUCUUUUGUAUCGCUAAGUGUUUUGAUUACCUAGAUGGUUCAUAAAAAAAGGAAACUAGAUCUAUUUAUCUAAACAUGAAAAAAGUCUAAAGUUAUUUAAUGUAUUAAAAAUCAGGACGUAUCAUUUAACUGUAGAUGACAUAAUCUGCUUUUUCAAUAAAGUGGUUUUGUAGCUAACUGCAAAAGUG